CUCUCUGCUCCCCUUUUCUUCGAUCUCAUCUCGUGUCUCUCUCUCUCUCUCUCUCUCUCUCACUCUCUCUCUCUCUCUCUCUCUCUCAAAUGGAGAUCGGCGUCGGCCAGAUCUGAACCGUUUUCACUCUCUCCCUCGCAGGUUUUAAUGGUGGUCGAAUGUCUGUAAGUGUGGAAGAACCCAAUCAAUCCCCGCCAUUUCUAAUCCUCUUGGAUCGAGAUCUCUUCCAAUCUCAAUGGCUUCCACGUCUACCCUGUCUCCUCCAUAUGCUCUCGAGAUCCGAGACCAGUACGACGAGAAAGAGGAUUUCGCCGACAGCAAAUGCGCUAUCGUUACGGUGCUGAAGGAUGGACUUGCAACUUUACACGUUCCCUAUGCAUAUGGAUUUGCAAUUAUAUUGCUCACUGUUAUUGUGAAGGUGGCUACAUUGCCUUUGACAAAGAAGCAGUGGGUGGGUUUCUUAUUAGCACUGGACUCUUGAGCAGAAAUGGGAAAGGCACCGAUGUUGAUGGUAGCAUUCUCUUCCACUACAUUGGCAAUGUUGAUGCCAUUGUUCAGAAAUGGCAAUGUGGAUGGAUGGCAUGAUCUCCACUGGAGUAAAUCAGGCAUUACAUAUAGUUGCUAGAAUAUUAUUUAAAUGGAUUUUAAAUAAUCAUCAUGGUGAACCCUGCAAAUUUAAGGGUGCCCGUCUCUCUUCCAACAGUUUCCUUCAUUGUGGCCCACUUGAAUAAUAGGUCAGCUUAAUUUUUUGGCCCUAUGGCUCUAGGCCUAACGUGAGAUUACACAUUUGGUGAUGUAAUCUAAUGGAACCUUCAGUUGUCAUGUUAUUGUGAUAGGUGUCCAUGAUGGGCUUUUCAAAUUGGGUUGGUGUUUUCCAAUGCUAGGCCAACCAGAACUUGGGUCUGAACCCAAGUUACAUCCCUAGACCAAGCAUGCACUUGGGCCCAACACUUCUUCUUUACUUUGUAAUGGGUGCCACUGCUAGCUAACUAUCAUAGUAAUAAAAAAUCUGCAUAUUUGCAAAUUGCUUUGAAACUGAAAUUCACUCUUUUGGGUCUGUGUAUCUUCUUUCAAUAUGAUUCAGUCCACUUGAUCUAUUUGAUGAUAUAGAUACACCAAUGCAGAGAAUAUCUUCUUUUCUUUUUUGGUAAAUUGAAAUUCAUUACAUGCCCACUUUAUCAGUUAUAAUAUCUGGACUGCAACAUUUCAGGAUGCAGGGGGAACUUGGUGCAAAUGCUAUAUUAGUUGUGUCAAUUGCUGCUUGUAAAGCUGGUGCUGCUGAAAAGGAGGCAAGUUUUUUUUUUUUUUUUUAUAUGUUUAUUGCCAAGCUGACCUGUUUUUAAAGCCAUGCCCCAGGCGAUUUUUUCCUGUGUUUCAAUUUUCAUUUGCUUCAAUGUUUCUAGUACUUUUUAUACUAUUGCUCUUCAAAAAUUUUACUACUUU